AUGUCACCUAAUUUGUUAAAAACGUUCGUGCAGAACAGAGUCGUGCAAAUCAACGAACUGACUGCAAAUGAAAAUAUUAAGUUUAGCUUUAUACCUCCGUACUCCCCACAUUUUGGAGGUUUGUGGGAGGCAGGGGUCAAAUCUUUUAAAUAUCAUCUCCGUCGCGUAGGAAACGUUAACCUCACGUAUGAGGAAUUUUCAACAUUAUUAGCACAAAUUGAAGCCCUCCUCAACUCCAGACCUAUGUAUCCCAUGUCUUCAGACCCAAACGACCUACUCCCUCUUACACCAGCCCAUUUUCUGAUUGGCCGGCCGCUCACUGCACCUGCCUGCGAAGACCUCACAGCUUCGAAUACAUCACGCCUGGUCCGCUACGAGCGCAUCGAACAAAUGAGGCAAAAUUUUUGGAAACGCUGGUCGCAGGAGUACGUUUCGGAACUGCAGACAAGGACCAAAUGGCAGUACAACACCGGCACAAUAGCACCCAAUACAUUAGUGCUCAUCAAAGAUGACAAUUUGCCACCCUUAAAAUGGCGUCUUGGACGAGUCAUAACCACUUUCCCUGGGAAGGAUGGACUAGCACGUGUAGCUGACAUCAAAACAGCUAACGGAGUAAUACGACGGUCAUACCCCAGAUUGUGUCCGCUACUACAGGAGGAAGAACCUUAA